ACACUGGCCUUUACAUAGUCGUUCUCCCAAACACUCCAUCGUACGACCAUUAGCUUUUUCGACUGCUUUCAUCGCUGAACACGAACAGGAACGGAUCGGACAGCAUGGUUUUUCUUGCGAAGUCGCCCUGCCGUUUGGCUCGCCUCCUCGAGGAGGGACAGUGUCCUCCCUGUGACGACCCCCGUUAUGUGAAGCACUAUCCUCAUUAUUAUGAUGCCCUCUAUUAUCCACUAUCAUUUUGCCGUUUUUGAAAUGUCCGAUUUCGCGCUUGGUUGAAAACCUGUCUUAAAUCUCAUCCUUUGUCUUGUUCAGCGUGCAGCUGUUCGGAAUUUCACAGUUUUGUUUCGUACGACGGUGUUUGUAUAACUAUAAGCCAACAUCGAGUAUCGUUGUUGAUGGCACCGAGUGAGUUUGCUGAUCCUCCUGUGUGCGCUGUCUGUUCUCAAAGGCAGUCUGGAUCCAUGGAGGUUGUUAUUUCAGCAGACCCUGGAGCACCGUGCCCGCGAAUUAUUUUGGAUGCUCUUCGCAUUACAGAUGCCUUCAUCAUCCGAAAAUGUAUCGUGCAGCGCGUCUCCGUAUCUUUCACGUUCAAAAUUAAGAAUCUCGAUGGUGUGAUGCUCGAUAAGGCAGGGAUUGUUGAGGAUUCUCCUGACUCGACUACGAUGAAUGUCUGCGCUGACUGUCUUACUGCUUUGUCGAAGGAGAAUAGUGUGCCCUGUUUUGCACUUGCGAACGGCUUGUAUCGUGGUGAAGUCCCGACCUAUUUUGAAGACUUAACCUGGGUUGAAGAGAAAAUCUGCGCGAUAUACAGUACCACUGCGCAUGUGACACGCUUGUUCCAGUCAUCGGAUCCGUUGCAGCUAAAAGUUUUUCAUGGAAACGUUUGCGCUCAUGACAUGAAUGUGGUAUCCACCGCGUCUAAGUAUAGGCGUUCGAUGUCGUCGUACUACAAUUAUUCGUGAAUCAUAUGUUUUCUUGGGGUCUUCAUGUGGAGUCGGGGACUGGCGCGGCCGAGCACCGUUAGAUACGAUAAGGUAGUGGAGCAUAUUGUCAGGUCAAUGACUCAACUGUUUGGUUAACUCUAUCCCACAUGCAAGGGAAAGCCUAAGCCGCGACUUUGGUACGUAAAGUAUAUGACGCCUCGUCACGUCGGUAGUCACGCCCCACAAGUAUAUGUUCAGCAAUUCACU